CCGAUCUCUCGGCAACCUCGAGCUCAUCUGCGCAUAUCGGCUGCUAGCAUCGACAACUUCUGCGCUGUUUAGCAUUCUAUGACCGCUCUCAUCUCCUAUCGUUAAUAUCACUACUUUUGUUAGCUCCAGUCGGAGAGUAAGCACCAUGCAGACUCUUACAGUCGCCACCAUCGGCGGUCUGCGAUUGCCUGCGAAGCCUAACGCCAGCGCGACUCCGCCGCACGCGUUAGCUUCGUCGUUAACUCUCGUCCCCGUAACUCGGCGCCUGAUCGCAGCUCCUCCGCGGGCCCCACGCCUCGGAGUUAAACUCGGCGGGCUUUCCGCAUUCCAGCCUGGAGCGUCUCGGGCAGCUGUAGGACGAACGACGGACCAGAGAAAUGCAGGCUCGAAGCGCAGCGGAGAUGGCGCCGCAAGUCGCGGAGGGCGCGUCCAUGAUGUGAUUAUGGCGGAUGUGAGCGAAGAGGCGAAGUCGCGGCUCCAGAAUCUUUCGUCGUUUCCGGCAAUUGCGGAGAAGCAGCAGGGACGGGACGCGGGCUCUUAUCCUCGCCGCAUCCGAGGAAAAAGGACGAAAUCAGCCGAAAUGGCGCAGGUUGAGGGCGACUGGCCACUCUCGUGGUGCCACGUGGCAGACGGAGUGCUGAUUGGCUCUCCCCUGGCGAGCGCUGACGAUGCCAAGGCUGUGCUUGAGGCUGCUGACGUCACUGCUGUCGUGUCCCUGGUGACGGAGCAGCAGGAGAGGGAGCUAGGCGUUGACUGGGCAGCCGUGUCAGCAGCAGUGACAGAUGCGGGAGGGGUGGCGGUGCGAGUGGCAUCGGUGGAGGCGUUUGGGGAGAAAGCUGCUGCUGCUGCUGCUGCUGCUGGUGCCAAGAGUGGGGAGAAGGGAGCUGCUGCUGACUCCCAGGUGCCUGUCCUGCUCGAGUCUAUUCGCGUGGUGGCGUCCCUAGCAGCAUCGGGGCAUCGGGUGCUGGUGGUCAGCUGCCAGCCCAACGCUGCAAGCGCGCUGGCCGCUAUUGGGUACCUUUCCCUGGUUAAAGGCGAGUCACCGGAGGCAGCAGCAGCAGCGCUGAGGCGCGUCUGCCCGUCUGCCCGCCCGGCUCUGGAGGCACUCGAGCAGACUCAGACGCACCUGGCGGCGGGCAACAGCCAGAGGCUCACGAAGCUGGCGGCAGCGGAGCUGCAGCAGCGGAUUGCCAAGGGCGUCAGGGGAAGCUCUGCUGGCGACUGGAAGGCGGCAGAGAGGAAGCUCGCCAUAGAGGGAUUUCAGCGUAUGGUGGCUGCCGACGUGGCUCUCUCUGAGGCGCUCUCCAAGGCUGCUAUUAGGAGGGCGACGAGGGAGGCUGAGAAGCAGAUUGAGGGAGGAGCGGCGUCCCCCCAGGAGAAGGUAAACCUCCUGAUGGCUCAGAUCCAGCAGCUGGAGUCCCGGCAGAAGGCAGCAGCGGAGGCCGAAACCGCUGCCACAGACCGAAUCUCCUUCUUCCUCAACCAACUCUCUACCCUCCGAACCAAGCACGCCGAGGCUGAGAAGACAGCCAAGGCAGCCUCGGCCCGAGCCUCCCGGCUCGCCACGCAGCUGUCCGCCGCGGCUAACCGCGAGGCCUGGUCCCAAGCCUCCGCCGAAGCUGCCCAGGGGAGGAUCGGGGAGCUCGAAGCUGAGGUGGCGGGGCUGAGGGAACGAGAAGAGGGACUGAUUGAGGCUCGGAAGAAAGCCGAGGCUGAGGCGGAGGAGGCUCGGAAACAAGCAGAGGUGCUGAAAGCGGAAGUGGUGACUGUGGGAGAGAAGCAGGAGGAGGCUGUGGCUGCUAUGGCUGAGGCUAAGGAGAGGAUCGGAUUCUUAUCUGGAGUUGUUAAGGAGCUGGAGCAGAGGGAGAAGGCUGCGCGGAGUGAGGUGGCGUCUGCUGUUGAGAUGACUCAAGUGGUUGAGAGGAGGGAGCAAGCAGCACUGGUGAAGGUCGGGGACCUGACCACCCGCGUGGCCGCUCUAGAGACAGAGGUGGCAGCGGCGCACGAGGCGGCACGCAUUGCCAACGGGAAGUGCGAGUUCUUUGCACGGGUGAUGGAGACGCUGCGGGAGAGGGAGCAGGCUGCGCUGGCGCAGGCUCGAAAGGCGAACAUGCUGCUGGCAGGGGUUAAGGCAGAGCUCUCGGCUGCCAAGGAGAGGGAGGCGAGCCUCAGGGCGUCGUGGAAGGAGGCAGUGGCGCGCGCAGAGAUGGUGGUGGCUGAGCUGGGCGCAGCCAAGAGGAUGCAGGGCGAGGCGGUGCGGGAGAGGGAGGCGGCGGAAGUGGCGCUCGCUGCUGCUGAUAGCCCACUGAUGGCCAAGGCGGCGCUGCAAGCAGCGAUCAACAACGAGGCCUACCUGACCGCCCUAGUCAGCACCCUCACCGCCCGCCUGUCCGACGCUACAGCCGAGCGCGCUACAGCCGGGGAGCGGAUGCGAUUCCUGGAGCGACAGCUGGCAGAGGGGAAGGAGAGGGAGCAGGAGGCGCGGGAGCGAGUGAGGGUGGCGGAGAGGGAGAAGGAGGGGCUGGUGGUGCAGGUGGAGAGAGUGAGAAAGAGUGAGGAGGAGGCGCGGAGGGAGGUGGGAGUGCUCAUGCAGAAGCUGGAUAGCGUUGCGGCGCAGUCCAAGGCAGCAGAGCAAGUCGAAGGAGCCAUUCUGAUCAUGCGGGCACAAGUCGACGUGCUCCAGGCGGAGCUGGCAGCGGCGAAGCAGACAGCUGAGGCAGCCAGCGAGCGCUCCUCCUUCCUGCUGCGCCAGAUGGACCUGAUCAAAUCCCGCCAGCAGCAGAAGCUAGACGCUGCUGUCGCACAGGCGGUCUCAGCCGAGCAGAAAAAGGCUGGGGUUGCCGCCUCCGCUGCUGCUGCUACUGCCGCCGCUGCGGCUGCUCCGGCUGCUUCUAACGCCGAAGCUAUUAUGGAAGCAGCGGUCGAGAAGCUGCAGAAGCAGCUGGCGGAGGCUCGGGCCGAAGCAGAGGCAGCUGUGGCAAACGUUUCAAACCUGGAGGCGAGGGUCGGGCAGCUGCAGACGAAGGAGAAGGAGGCGAAGGUGCUGCUCGGCCGGGCAGAUGAAAAGAUCUCGGACCUGUUUGUACAGCUGUCGGCUGCCCGAGAAAAGGAGAAGGUGGAGGCUAAGGCUCUGAUGAAGGCUCGGGUGGAGCUUGGGGAACUUUCUGGGAAGGUUACGAGGCUGGAGGUUGAGUUGAAAGAGAAGGAGGCGGCAGUGGGAGGUGUGGGGAGCGGUGUUGGUGCUGCUGCGACCAAAAUGGUGGUUGACCUGUCUAAGGGGGCUAAGGAGCUGCACACCAGCAGGCUCCAGGAUCAGGUCGCUCGCCUGGGACAGGGGCUGACAGCCAAGCCUGCUGCACCAGCUGCCCUUGAUAAGGAGGAGGAGGAGAUCAUUGCAGCAGCAGCCAACCUGCGGGAAGCAGUGGAAGCUCUCAACACCCCUGCUGGUACCACCACACCCAACGGAAGUGCCACCGAUUCCUCCUCCUCCUCCUCUCUCCGUUCCUUCGACGAUGCAGUAGUAUUUGACUCCAACGCUCCUGAAGCGGUGCCGGUGCCUGCUAAGUACCGGAAUGGGAAUUGAUAGAUGAUGUGGCCACUCGCGCAUCUUCUCCCUCCUGCCAAGCACCUGCCAAGCACCUGCCAAGCACCUGCCAAGCACCUGCCAAGCACCUGCCAAGCACCUGCCAAGUACUACCCAAUCACCUAAGGACCUGUAGCUGCUUUUGAAUCAGCUCAACAGCGGUGCCUGCCAAGCACCACAUUGCCAAUUGACCCAUCUCGUUUUACCAUCUCACACCACCUCCCAUCCCAUCCAAUUCCACCGCCUCCCAUCCCAUACCACCGCCUCCCAUCCCACACCACCACCUCCCAUCCCAUCCAAUUCCACCGCCUCCCAUCCUAUGCCACAGCCUCCCAUCCCAUCCCACACCAUCUCCUCCCAUCCCAUCCCAUCCCACCGACUCCCUUUCUCACCAUCUCCUUGAAACCUCCCUCGCACUCACUCUGUGUUGCUCCAUACUGCGUGUGUAUUGAAGCUGUAUGGGCUGGGCUGGGCCCCUGGGGCCAUUGUAAAGCACCUUCAAUGAGGCGGCUUUUGAGUCGACUCACAAUUACACUGCGUGUGUAGUGAAGCAGUGUGGGCAGAGCACCAAGGGACAUAUUAAGGCACCUUAAAUGAGAUGGGAGCCUUGUGUGGACACCAUGCUCACACAUGCGGUGUAUACUAGUCUAAAUGCGGGAUGUUGAUACUCAUCUGCAACUUUUGCCACUGUUGCAGCUUCUGCUGUAACCUUCUCGGAAUGCUUGAUUCUGGUCUUGCCCACACUGGCAGUUUGGGGACGUGGGUGGGGUUGUUGGUCAGGCUUGAGAGCCUACCAUUCUAGAUUUGAGGCACCUGAAAACUAGACUCCCGUUCAAAGGGUGGUUAGGGUUAGUUGUGAGCUCCGUGGUUUUGUUGUGUUCCAGAGCAGCAGUGACCAGAAUUUCCUGCAGC